CAAUCUCUCCUCUAGUGCGCGCUGUGAAGUGUGCAAGAGGACCUGUGGCUCCUCUGAAGUGCUGUCUGGGAUGAGGUGUGAAUGGUGCGGAAUCACAGCACAUGCAUCCUGUUAUAUCAUUCUUCUGCCAGAAUGUAAGUUUGGAAGACUGAAGAAAAUGAUUCUUCCCCCAAACUGUGUGCGGGUCAACUCCCGAAACUUCAGCAAAAUGCACUGUUUCCGGAUCUCUGAAAGUUCUCAAAAAGAACCAGAUGACAGUGAUGAUGUUGAUCGCUCAGUUGCAGGGAACUUGAAAGAAACACAAUCCACCUCAUCCUCAGAUUCAAGCAAACAGACCCUAAAGAUAUUUGAUGGCAAUGAUGCAGUGAAGCGCAACCAGUUUCGCCUAAUAUCGGUUCCACGGAUCGCCAAAAACGAAGAAGUUGUGGAAGCAGCGCUGAGAGUUUACUACAUCCCAGAUGAGCCUCAAGACUACGAGCUCCAGAUAUACUGCCAACAGGUCCUGGUUAACGAGGAUAUCACCAACUGCAAUGGGGCCACGGAAAACCCCAAGUCGCAGUCCGUGUUUAAGGAGUCUGUGCCUGAGGCCUGGGUGCUCCAAGCCAAGCCAAAGGAGAGCGAAGUCCUCAAGAUAUAUGCUGGGUGGUUAAAACUGGGAGUGGCAUACAUCUCCAUCUUGAUCACCAAGAAAACCACUGUCGAGUCUGUCAUUAAAGAAGUUCUUCAGCAGCUAGGAAGAUCGGACGAAGACCCAGAGGGUUUAAGACUCGUAGAAGUACACAUGGGGAGCAAGCAAGUUCAACGGCAAGUGCUGAUGAACCAGGAACUUUUGCUGGAGAAACUUCAGGCCAUCAGAAAGAACUCUAUUCGGCAAAUGAACCAGACCCGGUUCUACAUUGUGGAGAACAGGAACUCCGUGGUGCAGGUGAACCUGUUGGUGAGCGGACUACCAGUACAGCUGAGUGAAAAAGAAUACACUGAACUUCUUCAAGAACACCUCGCCAUUAAAACUCAUCUAGUUUCUGUCACUCAUGUUUACACAGGGCAAGGGGCUGUGGUACUGGAAAUAUCUUGCUUUUCUGAGGCAGAAAGAAUAUAUAUGCUAGCAAAAGAUACUACAAUUAACAGCAAACAGAUAUCUGCAGUUAUCAUUCCUGAAAUAAUGCAUAAGAAGCUGCCACGGGAAUGCUGUCCUCUUCUUGUGUUUGUAAAUCCCAAGAGUGGAGGACUGAAAGGGAGAGAUCUCAUUUACAGUUUCCGGAAACUUCUAAAUCCUCACCAAGUCUUUGAACUGACCAGUGCGGGGCCUCUGCCAGGGCUGCAUACUUUCCGGCAGAUGCCGCAUUUCCGGAUCCUGGUGUGUGGAGGUGAUGGGACAGUUGGCUGGGUCCUGGGUGCACUGGAAGAGAUGCGACACAAACUAGCCUGUUUAGACCCAGCCAUUGGGAUAGUGCCUCUAGGAACAGGUAAUGACUUGGCCAGGGUGCUGCGCUGGGGUGCAGGCUAUAGUGGGGAGGACCCCCACUCUCUGCUCAUGUCCUUGGAUGAAGCAGAAGAGGUGCUGAUGGACCGCUGGACUAUCUUGCUGGACGCCCAAGAGGUUGUUGACGAGGAUAAGGAGAAUGGCGUCACGGAGCCAGAGCCACCAAAGGUGGUGCAUAUGAACAAUUACUGUGGACUGGGAAUUGAUGCAGAGCUGAGUCUUGAUUUUCACCAUGCCAGGGAAGAGGAGCCCGGCAAAUUUAACAGCAGGUUUCACAACAAAGGGGUGUAUGUUAAAGUGGGGUUGCAGAAGAUCAGCCACACCAGAAAUCUGCACCAACACCUGCAGCUGCAGGUGGACCAGCAUGAGGUGGAGCUGCCCAGUAUUGAAGGGCUCAUCUUCCUCAACAUUCCCAGCUGGGGAUCUGGAGCUGACUUGUGGGGGUCCGACAGCGACGGCCGAUACGGGAAGCCACGGCUUGAUGACGGCUUACUGGAGGUGGUGGGAGUCACUGGUGUGGUGCACAUGGGCCAAGUCCAGGGUGGUUUGCGUUCUGGAAUCCGGAUUGCUCAGGGGGCCUACGUGCGUGUCACAAUUACAAAACCCAUUCCUGUCCAGGUUGAUGGAGAGCCUUGGAUUCAGCCACCGGGGGAAAUUAUAAUCUCUGCAGCAGGACCUAAGGUUCACAUGCUGAGGAAGUCCAAGGUGAAGCAGAAGAAGCAAUCAGGGAGUCUGAAAGAGUCGAGAACGGACAGCCUAACACUUUCCGAAGGAGUAAACUGAACACUAGCGGAGUCUUUCAACCCCAUUGGUUUGAGAAAAAAAUUGAUUGUUAUUACUGAUUGUGGAGACUUCAACAAAAGGACAGAGGACAUCUAAGGCCAAAGGGAUUACUGUAGGUCAUUUCAAGCCAUCUCUCAUUAUUUUAUAAAUCUUUCUUUUAUUGUCCAUGCCUUCAGUACAAAAUACCAGUAUUUUCAGACUAGGUAUGGCUUAAAAUGGUCAACUUGUUCUGUAAUGGCCACCAUUAACUCCAGGUGUUUUCUUUCUUUUACAAAGCUGAUGUACAAAUUACUCAAUACCUGUAUAAUCAGGGUUUCAGUCAUUUGAAAAAACAAGAAUGUUAAAUGAUUGAUUAAAACCCUAGUUCCAGUAAAGUGUUUACAGUAAAAUCCCAAUGGACAAUUCAUAAGGAAGCACAGUGCAAAAAAGGCUUUUAUUUGAACUACACACAAUGUUGUACUGUAUAGUGCCUCAUACCAGAGCACAACACCUUCACAUUACUGUAGGUGCUGCUCUAUUUCAUUUCCCCUUUGCUGUAUUUGAAAUCAAUCUCCAGAACAGAUGUGGCUUCUACCUAACAGUUUGCAGCUUUAUAAAUGUUGUUUUCAAAUGUAACUAAAAAUUAAAAUGUAGGGCCCUUUGGAACAGCACUCAUGAACCUAAUGAAUAUGUAGGUGCCCCUUUUGUGCACUGCAAAUAGAAUACAAUAAUAACAAAAAAAUACACUUUAGAAUUACAGAUGAAAUACUGAAAUAAAAUGCAUGAAACUUGUAAACAAUAACACAGGUUUUACUGUACUGCCUUCAACAACCCUUCAAGCGGGUUCAGAGCAACGCACCUUUUCAGGUGUGUUAUUGCACUUGUAAAAUGGCUUGUGGUGUACGGAUAUAAAACUGAUUUUCCUGGUUUGGAAUUAAAUGAGAGCCUGACCAAUUUUUGUAACUAUUUUAUAAUAUAUUUUAUGAUUUUAUAAAAGAUAUUGGUAAAAAAGUUAACCCCAUUACUUUUCACAGGCACUCCUCGUUUCAAGAAUAUCAUUUGUACAAAAAAAAAAACUGCCUCUAACAUUAAGCACAAUCUACUGUUAGUUUUAUAGUUUAACUGUUAAAAAAAACAUGCCAUCCCUCCAACCCUAACCAAUAGUGCCCUUUUUGCAUCAAGCAUGUAUGUACCAAAUAAAGUAUAAGAAUAUAAAGGACUGCUGUGAGUUGAGCCUUAAGUACACAUAACAAUAAACCUUGAAAUUACUUUUAAUGUGUUCCCCAAAACUAAAGAUUACUUAAAAAUUAAGCAUGUGACACCCCUGGUUUAUCAGGCCAUAUAUGUGAAUGUUCAGCUUUCUGUGCAUGUUAUAGUAGUGACCUUGCCUGAAAGCUUUAGAGAGAUAUAUCAUUUGGGACAUCCUUUGCCCAGGAUAAGACCAGUCUUGUUUCUUCUUGGUUUGUGCUUAACAUAUAAUAGUGGAGCUACAGUACCCACACCUUACUUCAGCUUACAUUUAAAAAGUACAGUAUUUCCAAGGUUUUUUUUUUUUUUUUUGCUCGUCGGGAAAAGCAAAUCGGAUAUAGUUGUUUCUGGUUUUACCUUGUGAAUGAUAUUAUGUGCCAGGACAGUUUGUUUAAAAACGCUGUAUAUUUGUUGGUGUGCCUCAUUUCUCAUUGCCCUCUGAGUGCAAAUGCCUCCUACCCAAAGGUUUCUACACCCCAAAGACUGCAGACAUUAGAAAAGGGGGUGCACUUGAAAGAAAAGCUCCCUAAAUAUUUUCAGCAUCAUAGCAUCAAGUGUCAGUGGUUUGACAAGCUUGAGCCUCAGAACACACUGUAUCCAUAAGCCUUCCCUACUCUGCUUGCUUUCUUUCUGUAUUGUACAGUUGUGAUGGUAUUUGUGUAGACACCUUAAGGUACUGAAUCACACUUAGUAAAUGUUGUGUAGCUUUUGUGUUUCUGGGGGAAUCUCGAUCCUGGAGGCGGCCUCUGCUUAGUGUGCAUUAUUGUGACGUUAGUGGUCUGUUAUUCCACUUAGUGCCUCAUAUGUGCAUAUAAUAAUUAUAUAUUUAUAUCUGUAUAUUGUAAUUGUCUCUGAAACAGGGUCUUGCUCAUAUAACUAAUGUGUCGUUUUCAGGUUUUGACCAGUGUAAGCUUAUGUGCCUCAAGUUCAGAGCUAAUGUAUAUCUGUGUUUUGUUGUUUCUGUAAAACCAACACUUUUCCAACAGACCACAGCUUUGUUUCACAGAUACUGACCAAUUCAAGCUCAUCCUCAGAACAGAUUUGUAUAUUUUGGCAGAAAUGUUAUUUGGUUUAAUGUUUUGUUUCUCUUUUAACUGUAAAAUAUGCACUGAAUGUGUAACAAUAAAUUCUGGGUUUAUGUAGUUGUGUACAUGUUAUGUAUAACAAGAAUCUGUCAAUUAAAAAAAUAUGUAUUUAAAUGUUUGAGAAAAUAUAACUGGGAAUUUAACUGUUGA